AUCGCCCCCAAAACGGUCACACUACGCGCCACACUAUCAAGUUAUUAACUUUCCGCAACAGUUCAAUUCGGUAAACAUAUUCAAAACUAAAACAGAUCUUUCGAGAUGGCUGCCGAUCCGGAAUUCGACACAAAGAAUGGAAUUGUGGACGGACCAACGCCGCCGCACUCCGAACUGGCGGCCCUAUAUAGGCAGAGCUUCGCCUACUACACGUUCCGUGUGCGCCUGCCCUCGACCUUGGCCACCAUCGCGGACUCCCUGGUCAAGGACAAGGACGUCCUGCUGGCCACAUAUGGUGCUGAAGCAGGCCCCGAUAUAGAACGAGCUACAAAGGAUGUCAGGCAGCUGCGGCAGGAUAUCCUUAGCAAUGGUCCUUUGCUGCCCUUCGAGGGGCAGGAUCGCGACACCCAACUGUGGAACGCAUUCCUGGAAAAGCUGCCCAAGGAGAAAAGGACCUACUUCUCCGCCUGCUGGCUUUACGCCGAGUGCUACAUGUACCGCAAAAUCUCAGCCAUUUUCCGGGCCACGCCCCAUUUGUCCGCCCACGAUUACUUCAGCCAGCAGAAGCAGACGGCGGCCAAACUGAGCGUGGACGCCAUGCUGGCGGUGGCCAAUGCCACGCGGCAGAACGAUCGGAACGCGGACACCUUCCGGCAGCUGAUCAAGCUGAAUCUGUGGGGCAACCGCUGCGACCUGUCCAUCACCUCCGGCAAGCAGGUGAAGCCCACUGGCAACGCCUUCGACCAGGUCACGGACCUGGAGGACAAGCUGCUAAUUGACGGCACCGCGGAGGUGUGGCGAGCCCUCUAUGGAGCCGCCGGCGACGGCAUUGUGGACAUUAUUUUCGACAACGCCGGCUAUGAGCUGUACACGGACCUCAUUUUGGCCGAGUACAUCAUCGACAAGGGACUGGCGGCCAAGGUGCGCUUCAACCCGAAGGCCAUUCCCUGGUUCAUAUCGGACGUGAUGGAGCACGACUACCACUGGACGCUGCGAUUCCUGGCCGAGCAUCCGGAACCGGCGCUGAGUGAGUUGGGCAAAAAGUGGCAGCGCUUGACCACGGAGGGCAAGUUCGAGCUUGCGCCGCUGGAACACUUCUGGACCAGUCCCUACGAGUUUUAUCGCAUGCCGGAGGUGAAUCCCGCCCUCUACGACCGUCUGAAGGAGGCGCAGCUGGUGAUUUUCAAGGGUGAUCUUAAUUACCGAAAGUUGUUGGGGGACUUCUCCUGGGACAGCACGGAGUCCUUCGAAACCUGCCUGAGGGGCUUUCGUCCCUCAAACCUUUGCACUCUGCGCACGGUUAAAGCGGACCUGAUCUGCGGACUAGCCGAUGGCGUGGCGGAGCAACUGUUUGCCAAGGACAAGGAGUGGAUGCUGACCGGGGAGUACGGAGUCAUACAGUUUGCCAGCAAGUAAAGGACGAAAGCAGGACAAGGACAGGCGUAUAGUUCAAUUGUUGUAGCCUUAAUUACUAGCUUAAUUGUUAAAAAGUGGAGUGGGCUAAUGCUAGAGGCGGAAAGUAAGUCUUCUUUUUUAAAAACUAAUGUUUAGCAGGUAAAAACGUUAAAACUGAAUUUGUUUAUGAUCAAAAUCGCUUGCUAUAGAGCUCAGUUUAUUGGCAUUGUAAAACUAGUCUCCUUUCUUUUUAAAUUUGUUUGUAUACUUUGUUUUUAAUGAUAUAACUUAUUAAAGUUGACAAAGAUAUUUUACCAAAAAAUGUUAACUUAAUAUUAAGUAAAUAAGAAAGAAUACUUACAAGUUCAGAUCUUUUCGCCGCUAGCAUUGGAUCCACUCCCUAUAAAGCCUUUGCAUUGUUAUAAAAGCACACGUACUCACACUUAUGAGCAAUGUCAGUUGCCCAGGGGGCAACUAAAAAUUAGUAAAAUCUCAAUUUGAAA